AUGGAGACUCCUCAGCCCACCCCAGCAGCAAACUGCCACACGUUCCUCGCAAGCCACAUCUCCGACAUCCAGCCCUCGCCAUCCAACACCCACUGCUCCAUCUGCAAGGACCCCUACAUGGGCGCCGACUCGCCCGUCCAGAUCCAAGGCACAUCAGGCUGUACGCACAUCUUCGGCCGAUACUGUCUGCAAGAAUCGCUCAAGACCUCCAACAAAUGCCCCUAUUGUCGGGCAAUCCUAUUCCACAUCCCGUCGUCGAACACUGCGCACGAGAUCGCCACCAAUCGAGACAGGAACGUCGUGGCGAGGAUCCGGCCAACCGGCACGCAGGACUUGUAUCCCGAGAGUGAGUGGCUAGUUACGCUGACGCAGCCGAGUGCUGGAAGGGGAAGGACGAGGAGGGAGACGUCUUCGGUGCAGGAGCAGAGUAGGGGCGUGCAGAGCGAAGCUGAUGGACGCGUUUUUGAGCGUGCGGAGGCUCAGGUACAUGCGCUUUGUCUCGGCAGACGGUCUGGACGGAGGGCCUCCUUUGGUAAAUUCUGGCGCGAUAUAUGGAACUUUUGA